CCAGCUCCGCAGCUUCAGCUCAGCUUGCGCCCUAUGUGUGCAGUUUCGGGAGCUUUCUGGGUCCCGCAGGCAGUGAUCCUCCGGGAGUGAUCCUCUGUGACUGGAGCGGGCUCCCGACCCCUUGCUCGGUCCCAGUGGGCCCGGCAGGUAAAGUGCCGCGUCCUCCCCCACCACGUGCCCCCAGCGCUGUCUCCUAGUCCGCCGGCACUGCCUGCUGUCUUUAAGAGAAAUCAUUCCCCAUCUGUCCCAGUGGGAGGCUGGGCAGUGAGGUGUGAUUUAACUACUCGUCGUCUGCCCCUUCCCUCCAAACUAGUUUUUCGCGGUUCUGUCCGAGGUCGGAUGUUGGGAGUUGUGCAGCUAGAGCUGAACUUGGAAUGAGUGAUGGAAUCACCCCUCGAGAUUUCCUUUGACUAUAAGCUCUUUAAAAACGCCAAGCCAUUCCAGCUGUGUUUGUAAACUGUGAAACGCUCUACAAAUGCUAAAAUAAAAAAAUUAUUAAUGGCUUUUGUAAAGAAAAUAGCCAAGCUCAGAGGUUCGUUGAUGGCUUCAAGGUCUUCAUUUCAUAUUUAUUUAAGGUCCAGAAUGUGAACAAAGAGUUGGAAAGCGGGGUGGGGGGAAGGAGGGAGAGAGAGAGGACAGAAGGAGAACAAGAUAAAAAUAGCAUAAGGAUAUGUCCUAACAAAAUGUCUGUCCUUGGGUAGGAGGCAGGUAGAGAAAAGAAAUAAGCCAUAAUAAGAAAGAAAUUAAAAAAAAAAAAAAGAAAGAAAGAAAUCAGUUCCAUGAGCGAAGCAACUGGAGCAUCAUCAUUCACCAGCUAAAUUUUGUUAAUGAAUUCAUGUGUGGGCCCACGGGUCUUCGAGUCACAGCAUAACUAUGUGUUGGGUAGCAUGAUUAAAUCAACUUAAGUAUUUAUGCCGUCUUAGUCACCCGUCGUUGAAUGAAUUGCCUUACUUUCCCCCUGAUAAUCCUUUUACAGAUUAAAUUUCUGCUGUCAGAAAACACAGAAUACACGUGCAAAAAAUUACAAAGCUUCAUAAUCACCCCAAGACCACAUAGAGCAAACAUGAAUGAAAUUUCCCAAAAGGCUGAGAUUCUGCUUUCUUCAUCUAAACCUAUACCAAAAACCUAUGUGCCAAAACUUGGCAAGGGUGAUGUAAAGGAUAAGUUUGAAGCCAUGCAGAGAGCAAGGGAAGAAAGAAAUCAAAGGAGAUCUAGAGACGAAAAGCAAAGAAGAAAAGAACAAUAUAUUAGAGAGAGAGAAUGGAACAGGAGAAAGCAGGAGAUUAAAGAAAUGCUUGCUUCUGAUGAUGAAGAAGAGGUAUCUUCUAAAGUAGAAAAGGCUUAUGUCCCAAAGCUAACAGGAACUGUUAAAGGUAAAUUUGCUGAAAUGGAGAAACAGAGACAAGAGGAGCAGAGGAAGAGGACGGAGGAGGAACGAAAACGCCGAAUUGAGCAGGAUCUUUUAGAGAAGAGGAAGAUACAGCGUGAAUUAGCAAGAAGGGCUGAGCAGAUUGAGGACAUAAACAAUACGGAAACUGAAUCAGCACCAGAGGAAGGAGAUGAGUCACUGCUUGUAACAGUGGUACCUGUCAAAUCACACAAAACACCUGGAAAAAUAAAAAAGAAUUUUGAAGAUCUAGAAAAAGAACGAGAAGAGAAGGAAAGGGUCAAGUAUGAAGAAGAUAAAAGAAUAAAAUAUGAAGAACAACGCCGAUCUCUCAAGGAAGCAAAGUGUCUUUCAUUGGUCAUGGAUGAUGAACUAGAAAGUGAGGCAAAAAAAGAAUCACUUUCUUCUGGAAAAUUGAAACUGACUUUUGAAGAAUUGGAAAGACAAAGACAAGAAAACCGAAGGAAGCAAGCUGAGGAGGAAGCAAGAAAACGUUUAGAAGAAGAGAGGCGUGCUUUUGAAGAAGCAAGGCGGCAAAUGGUAAAUGAAGAGGAGGAAAACCAAGACACAGAAAACAUUUUUAAAGGGUACCGCCCUGGUAAACUCAAGCUCAGUUUUGAAGAAAUAGAAAGACAAAGGAGAGAAGAUGAAAAAAGGAAAGCAGAAGAAGAUGCCAGAAGAAGAAUAGAGGAAGAAAAGAAGGCGUUUGCCGAAGCAAGGAGAAGCAUGGUAGUAGAUGAUGACACCCCAGAGAUGUAUAAAACAAUCUCUCAAGAAUCUCUUAUACCGGGAAAACUGGAAAUUAAUUUUGAAGAAUUAUUAAAACAAAAAAUGGAAGAAGAAAGACGACGAACAGAGGAGGAGCGGAAACAUAAACUAGAGAUGGAAAAACAGGAAUUUGAACAACUGAGACAAGAAAUGGGAGAGGAAGAGGAAGAAAAUGAAACCUUUGAACUGAGCAGGGAAUAUGAAGAAUUAAUCAAAUUGAAAAGGAGUGGUUCUAUUCAAGCUAAAAAUUUAAAAAGCAAGUUUGAAAAAAUUGGACAAUUGUCUGAAAAAGAAAUACAGAAAAAGAUAGAAGAAGAACGAGCAAGAAGAAGAGCGAUUGAUCUUGAAAUUAAAGAGAGAGAAGCAGAAAACUUUCAUGAGGAGGAAGAUGUUGACAUUAAGCCUGCAAAAAAAAGUGAGGCUCCAUUUACUCAUAAAGUGAACAUGAAAGCUAGAUUUGAACGUAUGGCUAAAGCAAGAGAAGAAGAAGAACAAAGAAGAAUUGAAGAGCAAAAGUUACUACGUAUGCAGUUUGAACAAAAGGAAAUUGAUGCAGCACUACAAAAGAAAAGGGAAGAGGAGGAGGAAGAAGAGGGUAGCACCAUGAAUGGAUCUACCAUUGAAGAUGAAGAGCAAACCAGAUCAGGAGCUCCGUGGUUUAAGAAGCCUCUAAGAAACACAUCGGUUGUAGACAGUGAGCCAGUCAGAUUUACUGUUAAAGUAACAGGAGAACCCAAACCAGAAAUUACAUGGUGGUUUGAAGGAGAAAUAUUGCAGGAUGGAGAAGACUAUCAAUAUAUUGAAAGAGGAGAAACUUAUUGCCUUUAUUUACCAGAAACUUUCCCAGAAGAUGAAGGAGAGUAUAUGUGUAAAGCAGUGAACAGCAAAGGAUCUGCAGCUAGUACCUGUAUUCUUACCAUUGAAACUGACGACUACUAGGUCCCCUUCCCUCUCCCUGGAACACACCCUCUCUCUCCGACUUUCUUACUACAUCCAUCUUUUCUGUGGCGGGGCCAAAAAAGGAAACUGGAAGUACCACUGUGUUGACUUCUUAUUCCUUUCCCUAACAGUCUUCAAAAAACAAGCUCAUCUAAAAAAUACCUUUUUCCUUUCCAAAAGAGCACCAGAUUCAUCACCCCAUUAUGCAGUGUAAGUUAAUGUGUAAUUUAAUGGGGCAAAGGGGGGGAAUUUACUCAAUUAUUCUAUCAGAACCUAUUACAAAUGCUGUGUAUGUUUCAUGUUUACAGCAAUUAAGUUUUAGAGAAAUUAUAAACAGGACACAUUUUGCAUGAAUAGACUAUCAUUUAUGAACUAAUCACACCUAAAAUUAGUCUGAAAUAGAUGAGUAGUGAAUUUGGAACCUAUCAAUUUAAGUGGGCUUUCCCCUCAGUAGUGCAUCAUCUUGGCUGUUGUAGUUUCAAAGUCUUUCUGGAGCAGAGAUGAGGGGAUAGGGUUGUCAUUUCUCCCUCUAUGCAGAGAGAACACAAAACAAACCAAAAAUUAAAAGACUUUUAAGAAACAACUGCCAGAGCAAAUAUGAUGGAUACCACUGCCUAAUAUGGAAUGUUGGGAAUAUAAAACAUGUAUUUUUCAAAUCUGUGUAAUAUAUAUUCAAGCUUACAAAAAGUAAAUUUAUGUUGUGACUUUCCUCAGCAAAUUAUAUUUUAAUGAGAAAACUUUGUAUUAAUAGUUCAUGCAGGAGAAAACAUAAUCAAAGAUUUUCAUAUUUAAGAGAAUUAAUUAGAUGUAGGGGAAAAUGACACAAUCAUCAAUUUUAGUUUUUAAAGUGAGUUUGUAAAUAAUUAGCUAUCAUGUUCUAUUAUCAAGUUGUUUUAUAUUUUAGUUUUCUGGAAAACAAUUUUAUUUUACAAUGUAAAUCCAUAAUAAAGUCACUUCUGUAUUUAAGAAAAGAGACAAACACUCCUUUAUAAUAUUCACCAAUGUACAUUUAUUUUUUUUAUUGAGGAAACCAUAAUCAAUACAAAAUUACAGCAAUCAUAUACCCCUUUACAUACAAUGGUAUUAAAACAAACUAAACCACA